AUGGCGGACGAAACACAAGAAGUUUGCUCUUUUCAUGAAAUGAGUAUAGACGAUCGACUUAUAAAGGUAAAUUCCAUUUUUUAAAAUUUGGUAUAACCUAAAUGCGUAUUUUAAUCUUCAUGCAGGGUUUUGUUUUUAUUUGACAGGCCAUAGCAAAGUUGAAGUGGUCACAACCGUCUCCGAUCCAGGUAUGAGCGCUAGGCUACCGUGUGGUUUAUCAACUGUUCUUCGAGGUUGCUUACUAGUACGUUUUCCCUAUUCAACGACAGAUAAUGCAUUUGUUCGUUUUUAACUUUGUACAAAAGCUAGAUUUUUCGAAUUUCCUCUCGAUACAAAACUUUAUAUUUCCAUCAUGCUGUGCUGAUUAUUACUAUACAACUGAACUUCAACUUCAACUUUAUUUCAAUCUACCUACAGGGCAUUAACAUCAACAAUUUUUAAAAACAUAUUUACGAGCGUUUACUAAUCUAUAAAGGUACAUAAAGGAGAAAAGACAAUCUUAGAGGAGAGAAAAACAUUGUACGUGCAUAGUGGCCAAAGGAGAGACAGGCUUUGAGUUGGCCAGUGUCAUGUUAGCUGUAGAAUUAGAAUCCAAAGAGAUGAGUUGGGUCGGUGGCGUUACUUGUGUGUGCCUUCGAUUUUACAGUAACCUUUUAUUCCAUAAAGAUCAUGUUUGAUUAUUACUGUUUACAGGAGAAAGCCAUUCCUUUAGCUCUGGAGGGAAAAGAUAUUUUAGCCAGAGCAAAAACUGGAUCAGGAAAAACAGCAGCGUAAGUUCUCUUCAAAGAAGUGCACCUGAUUUCCAAAGUCCUUAUACCGUAUACAUUGUUUAGGGCAAAAACCUCAACUUUACUACCCUGUUUAGGACAAAGGACAAAAGGCAUGCCAUCUUGUUUUAAAGCCAUUUUUUGGCAAUUGCUAUAAGGAAACUUGCCCAAAUUAGUUGUACAGGCAAUUUAAUUGGAGCAAACUCCCACAAAAUUAUAUACAUGUACCCUGUUUAACAGAGACUCACGCAAAAUUAUACACCCUGUUUAGACAGAGAGGUAAAAAAACUAUACCCUGUCCAGCAGCAUAUCCUGGUAUAGGGCAUUUGAGGGUGAACACCCCGCUUGAUGAACAAAAGUAAAGAAAUCUCACUUAGUAUUUAAAGAGAUCGUGCAGAAAAAUACUUCCAACUUUCUUUAAACAACUGUAUAACUUUCUAAAGGUAUCAACACGUACAUAUUUGCAACCCAGACGACCGGGUGUUCACAUAAUAAAGUUGUUCAAAAGGAGACAUUUUACUGUAUAUUAGAGUUAUAAAAUGUUACAUGUAUAUAGCUAACAGUGGAGUUAAUAACGCUGUGAUUAUUCUUAUAGUUAUGCAAUACCAGUGGUGCAAAGAAUCCUACAAGAAAAACAGGUGUGUUCAUAACAAAGUUGAUUAUUAGGUUUUUUAACAUGGUUUUAAUUCAAGGCUGUGCUUCUUGGGUGUAUAGUGUGCAUACCAUAUUAUUGGUUUGGUGCAAAGGCCAAGAUUUCCUUGCUGCUGAAAAAGGCAAACAUAUGUUUCCAUGGGUCACCGUCUGUUGCUGGGUCAUUACCUUGAAUAUUAACUUUAUUACUGGUUUCAUUUAUUCGUUUUCUUUCAUAUUCAGUAUAUUUGAUUACCGUAUUUAUUCACUUAUAAGACGCACCAUUUUUUACAAGAAAAUAUGCUUGUUUGAUCAAAAUCUGCUCAAAACUCGGAGUGCGUCUUAUAACCGAGUAUUUUUGCGCAACAAAAUAUAACUUUUCCAAAUUUCCCAAAUAAAUAAUGCUAAACUGAAAUGACUAUGUAAAUAAAUAUCUGUAAAUGAAUAAACAAAAGACAAACAACGUUGAUCAUUGACUUUAUAUGAUUUGUUGGUUCUGAAAAGAACUGGGGUGGCUCUGAAAAGAACCGUUUGUUUGAAAGCUCGGCUGAGCUCAGCUACUCGUCGUCCUUGCCUUCGCUGUCUGUCUCGAACUCGUUGUCGAUCGGUUCUUCUGCGUCUUCUGCUUCUUCUUCCUCGUCGUCCCAAACCGCAUCAUCUUCAGUUCCAUCGAGAGCAAAGGGAGCAAAGAGCGAACAUGCUAAAAAGCACGUGCUUGAAAUGAUUGACGUCAGAAACAAUUGAACAAAUUGCUAACCUCGCUCUCACGAAAUGAGGCAAACGUGACUACAAAUCGUUCGAUAAAAUUGUCAUGGCCGCUAUUAAAUACUCCAAAAACGAUAAAGGAAAAAUAACAAACCUUCUUCGUCCAUCCAGGCCUUCUUGUGUACAGAAACCUGCAUUCUCCUGGGAUAUUCCGUAUUCGCGAGCAAUUUCACGGUUGUUGUUCACGGCUUCUGCUUCUGCUACGAUCUUCAACUUGAAGUUUAGAUCAUAGGAAUGACGACGAGUGCUCGGCAUAAUUACUGAAAAUUUUCCUGUAAUUCUGGAUGCGCCUUAUAACAGGGUAUUUAGGUGAAAUUUUGAUUUUGCUUACUUGUCACAAUCGUCUUCGAAAGUUUAGGGUGCAUCUUAUAACCGAGUGCGCCUUAUAAGUGAAUAAAUACGGUAGAUUUAACUAUAGCAAAAUGUAAAUGAAUCCAACCAGAAUGAAAUUAGUAUUUGCCAGUGAUAUACAAGAAAUUUGGCGCACGCAAAAAUGCAACCUUGUUAACAGUUGUCUGAUAAGUCAUUAGACAAGUGCUAUUUUCAUCAGAUGCAUGGUGGCCAAGCAGUUAACAACUUGAACAACUUCAGAUAGACCUGUAAGUCAAGGUUCAUUCCUUGCCAUUGCCUUACUUGCUUACAAACUUUCCUGUUGCUAGCAUUUCUCUCUCUGCAUGCCCAGAUGUAUAUGUAAAGUGGAAUUUCCGAUUUUUGUAACCACCGUGGCAAAAGUUAAGGUGUAACUGGUUCAAAAGAUUAUAAGGUUUGAAAAAUCGGGUGCAAAAUUAGAAUACAGUGUUUGACUGGUGAAGGGAAUUUUGGUUUGGUUUGAAUCAUCAGGGGUAUUGAAAAACUGAGGAUUCCAGAAAUGAGGGUUUUAAUUCAAUAUUGUACAUUUAGGUAAUAGUGAUGUAAUGCUCAGGGUAGCAAUGCAAAUAUGGAUGUAUAGAAUCCCAUCCAGGAGGAGUAGCCAUAUCGUAAAUAACCUAAUAAGCACCCACAUCCAAAUAAACGCCUCCAAUCUAUUGAACAGGCCCUUAACUCUGUUAAAAUUUUCUUAGAUGCCCCUCUCUAAUAAGUCCCCUGUCUAUUAGACACCCUCUAUGAGAAUUACUCCAAAAACUAGGAAUUAGCAAAAACGAUCAAAAUCAUUCAAUUCACUUAGUUUCUUGCUUGAUCAACAAGGCUUUGCAUAUUUCAUCUUGUUCAUUGUCGAGUUUGAAUUAAGGAUACACUAACGAUGACAACACAAUGACCCUGAACAAGGAUUCUGACAUCGAUGUUGGGAUUUUAGAAGAGUGAUAUGGCUCUCUAGACGGCCUGAACAUAUAAUGGAGUGGACAUUCCACUAUUUUUUAACUCUCUUGAUAUAUUUACCAAAAGUAUAUUAGUUUGGUGGAGCUUGUUACAGUUUUUCAGUUUCUCUCUUUUAAAUGUCACUUAUCUAUUAAAAGCCCUCGCUUGGACUCCUAAAAUUAACUAGACACCCCGGGCAUUUAUUAGAUCAUUAAGGUAACUAGGUACCUCAUGCUACAGAAACUGGAUUAAGCUCUGACUGUUUUGGCCUCAUGGUGCUAUUUUACUAUCCUAUCGUUUUUAUCACUAACAGUGUUUUUAUUGUAUUUCAUUUUUUACAGGCUGAUUCCUUAAGCUGUGGAGUAAGAGCACUUGUGUUGGUCCCCACCAAGGAACUGGCAAAGCAAGCUCACAAAAAUAUCAAGGUACAGUGUAUAUAUUAGUCAGGUAGAAGUAGGGUCUGAUGGAUUAUGAUGGCUUGAUUUUGAGCUUUAUUCACCUUUUCACACAAUUUUGGCAUAACACUGAGGAAAUUUAUUUUCAGCGUAAUGUACAUUUGUAUGAUAUUGCGUUGCAGUGCUGAAAACUACAUGACUAUUAAUAAUUAUUUUUUAUUGAGUACUAAAUUUUUUAUUUAUCCUUCCUUGUAAAUUUAUUCAUUUUUUUGACACAGGAGAUAUCGUUGUACUGCUCUCGGGAAGUCAGGGUUGCUGAUGUUGCACAAGGAAAUCUUGCAAGUACCAAGUAAGAAAGCAGUGUACCCAGGCAUUUGUUAAACAAAAGCUUGGGGUGCUUCCGGCCUCUUAAAAGCAAAAAAGGAGCAUCAUGAAAGGAGGAGGGGUGUGAAGGAGGGAGGGAUGGAGAAAGGCAGCGCAUCGCAAAACCCGUAUUUGAAAACCCACUGGCCCCAUUUAAUGUCUGAUUGACAUCAGAAUCAAAUGCUACAUGUACAGAUGUAAAUACACACCAUACAUAGUAUUACUUAAAAUGUGUUUCCCUCCAUUCAAGGUCUCUGUUGAUGGAGAAGCCAGACGUUGUAGUGGGCACACCUAGUGUACUCCUUGGUCAUAUCCAGGCUAAAGUAAGUACUACAAAAAAUAGAUUAGUCAGGGCUAAAAGCGAAGCUCCCAUUGAUAAAAUAAUUUAUCAUUCAAAUCAAACAAUAAACUUGUAAUGCUUUAGGGGUGAUCCAUAUGACAUUAAUUUUUUGUAGGGAGGGGCUGGGUGAUUUUACAGAAAAAUUUAUUUGAGAAUAAGUAACUUGUCAACAGAAGACCUCAAAAAAACACGUUACCUCAAUGGGUGGACAUUUGAGCCUGCGAUACCUUCAUGUGUUACUGGUCGGUGGAUGCCCUUUUUUGACAGCUGUCAAUUGACUAUAGAUACAAGUAGCAUGGAUGUACAAUAUCAGGUACAUUGUAGCUAGCAGGUCUUACACCUAAGUUAGAAAGUGUGACUUUUUAUAUUGGUCCAAGCAGGUGGACAGGUGAGUGUACAGUCACAUGACUACCAAAAUUUCUUGGGUGGAUACAUGUAGAUGACCAGGUUAUCUUAGCUGUGGGGCUACGCUUGCUUGCACUUUGCAUGCAUGUGGAGCUCCACUAUAAUACUUUAAUACAUGUACAGAUCCUUCAAAAUGAACAUCAAAUGAUUGUUUUCUUGUCCACAGAAUCUUGAUCUUAAGACCAGUCUACAGAUGCUGGUUAUUGAUGAAGCUGACCUUGUGUUUUCAUAUGGUUAUGAACAUGACUUGAAGAGUUUGUUAAGGUAAAGUACAGAGAGUGUUACUGGGUUUUAUUGAAUGUGCUGCCUAUCAGUUUUGCUGGCAUUUAUUAUUAUUAUUUUUUGUUUGUUUUGUAGUCACCUUCCAAAGAUUUAUCAAGCAUUUCUGAUGUCUGCAACAUUAAGUGAAGUAAGUAACAUUGUUUACAUAAAGAGUUUUUACUUAAUUUUUUGAAAUCUGUUCAAAACUCUCACUAUAAAACAUGUACAUGUAAAAAAACGUCCUUGAAAGUUCUAGCAUACAUGUAGAGUGAAAAAUGACAUUUUAAAAUAAUAAUAAUGGUAACAUUAAUAAUAAUUUAAUAAUUUUAAUAAUAAAUAAUGAAUAAUAUCCUGCAAAAGUGUUCAAUCUACAGUAGUUGGCCUGAUUAGUUACUAUAGAAUUCCCAAAAUUAGCCCCUCCAAAUAUAAGCCCCCCAAACUCGUAAUGCAAAAAACCCUCUGAUAAAUCACCCCUCCAAAUACAAGUCCCCAGGGGCUUGUACUCAGAAAUUGCCCUCAAAUUCAAAAUAAAACAAAGUAAUUUAGAGUGACACUUAAAGUUUUACAUUUGCCAAAGAACUACAUGUCUUACAUGUGCCAAAUGACUGCGGUCAAAAAAAGUUCCCAGUAUAUUGCUGCUUGCGUAGUUCACUUUUCAGUCUUGGCUUGGAUUUCCUCAGUCCAUAUAGACGAAGUAGUUGCAUGGCUGUGUUUUAGGAAGGUCCAUGUCCUCAGUCAUAUAAAUCUGUUAAGUUGUAAUUGUACAUAAUUGAGCAUUAUCAGCGUUCCAGUUCAUUCUUUUGAGCGAGGGGGUCAUGUAGACCAUCUGAUGGGUCACCAAGACCACGUGCUAAUUAUUUUUUGUAAUAUUUAACUUAAUACUUAAAUGUCAUAUGGGUCAUGAAGCCUCCUUUGUCAGGUCAUUGACCAGAGACCAGUCUCUUAUCUGGAACACUGUUUAUACCUGUUGAUAGUUGUUCUUAUUUAAAAAUAAAUAAGUAAGAACUGCCGUGACAUGUAUCAACCACUGUCCUUUUUAAAAAAUUAACAGGCAAUUAAUAAACAGUAAUUAUUGUCCUAAAUAUUUAUUUUUCACAGGAUGUUACUGCAUUAAAAAAGUUGGUCCUGCACAAUCCAGUGAGUAUACAAUGUUUACAAGAUAAAUGUAACAAAAUUCAUGCAAACAAUGCUAUUAUAGAAAGCUUCUAACUUUAACUGAUUAGUUGAACAUAAUUUACACAACUAAAGUUAAAUAAAUUAUUGUGACAGUCUAAGUAUAGGUUGGCAUACAGACACCAACACAACCAGAGUAUAUAUAAUGGCAUUUGAAGCAUGAACCCCUCUGCUUUUAUACUGUUAGAGUAUUGCUACUGAUCUCCCUGGAUUGGUUGGCAAACUGUGGUCCAAGUGACACAUGUUCAUGAACAGUAUGUCACCAAUACCCAGUUAUAAACCUUGGUGGCAAAAGAGGCAAAAUCUAAGGCAAAGGUUUUUUUCCUAAAUGAGAAAAGAACACCAUUUUAAUCCCAGACCCCCAAUUUGCACAACACUCUCAAAUUUACAAUGUCAAUAAGUCUUUUUUUCUUUGAAGGAAUUGAAGAGCAAGUUUAAGUUAAAACUGAAAGGAAUUUUGCUCCAAAUGUCAUUUAAAGUACAAUGCAUAAUUUCAGAUUAUUUGGUUUUAUCACAGGUUAUCCUCAAGCUUCAAGAAUCUCAGCUUCCAUCUGAUGACAAACUUACACAGUAUUUUAUAAAGUAUGUUAAAAUACACAUAACAGUCAAGUCUAAGAGAGGCUUUUCUUUGGACAUUAAUUUACCUGAUGAAUGCAAAGUGAAUGCAGUAGAACGUCAUAACUGGAACUUGGAUAACUCAAAUUCUACCCCAACUUGAGCUAAUUUUCCUUUCCCACAAUCAAAAUUUCACUGAAAUUUACCCUGAUAACUCAAAUUCCUGCCAACUCAUACUGUUUUUUGUUUCCCUUCAGAGUUUGAGUUACUUGGGUUCUACUGUAUUUGUCGCACAGUAAUACAUUUUAGGAAUGUCAUUUAUGUUGCUGGGUAUAUGCCGUAUAAGAGGUUUUUUUUGUCCUGUUAUCCUCUUGUUUUCUAUGAUAGUAGCCGGGGGUCUAGUCUCCUUCACAGUCUCCUCCUGCUCAGUUUGGAGUCAUGGAAUGUUCUUGUGGGAGCAGGAGACAUUGCUUGACUCCGGACCGAGCGGUGGCAAAAGGGGACUGCUGGGGGUCAUGCACAUUGUAAGAUCUUGGCUGGUGGCAACUCUGACAUUUACACUUUUAUUUCAUGUCCAACUAUGUACGACAGAUGUGAAGUAGAUGAAAAGUUCCUUUUAAUAUACACGCUUCUUAAGUUAAGGUAUGAGGUCUGCAUAUUGUGAUAGUAUGUUGGUUCUUAUUUAGCAAUUUAUUAAUGAAUGAAGCUGAGUAGGAUAUGAAGAAUUAUACAGCUUGGCCUUGGUGGAUAACACAGAUUGAGGAGGGUGUUGACAACCCUCCAAGUUAAAGUUUUUGCUUAGUCGCCAUUUGGCGACCAACUCUUUAGGUUAAGGGAGACUUUUUUACAAAUCAAGUCGCCAGCUUCAAAAUUCUAGGUGCCAUGGCGACUAAAAUGGUCGCAACUUGGAGUGUUGGUUGAGGUGGAUAACACCCUCUGAGAUCUGCAUAUUUCUUUUUAGUUUAUACUAAAACAGUGGAUAGUGUUUUUCGCGCGCUCUGAUUGGCUACUCAAUCAGUGAAUAUCCUGCACUAUUCACUGAUUCACCUCCAGUUCCUCCAAAUGAGCGAUGCCAAACUCGCGUAAGUUGCAAGCAAAAUGCCUUCCCGGUUUGCUGCCUAAGAAACUAAGAAAUUUCACAACUAAUCAAGCAAGCUGUUCCCAAAAUACAUGAAGAAGGUGACGAAGUUUGGUUUGGAGGUUUUAACAGGUAAAGCUUUGUCUUUUUGACUUGAAUUUAUGGAUAAAACCGGUGAAAAAGUUUUUUGUUUACAAAUGCAAAUUAAGCUUAAGUCUUGCAUUACUUUAUAUGGUUGACUUGUUCAUAAAUAAGCUUAAAACUAAAUUUAAUAAUCUUUUUUACAGAGUGAUUUUAAAUACAAAACGAAUUCACAACUCCUUUUAAAGAAACUUCCCUGCAAGAGCUAAACAAAUGCCUUCAAAAGUUUUAUUUGUUGCCAAGAAAAAGCAACGACUGCGGCCGUUCAGUCAUCACGCGCCAAAAUUGUAAUUGUUGGUAACAGUAAAUGAGUUAAAAAUCACCAUUUUUGUGCUCAAUUAUCUCACUGUUUUAGUAUAAUUAUACUAAAACAAUUAUUCACAUCAGUGUCGGUGGCUAGUAGUGGAUAUUUACCUCACUGCUUCGAAGCCUCGGUAAAUAUCCACUACUAGCCACCUCCACUUCGGUGAAUAAUUGUUAUAUAUCCUACAAAAGCCAAAUUCAUUAAUUGUUUUAUUAUUCAUUUAAAAUCAUUCCUAGUUUAAAACAAGCUUACCUUCAUCGAUGUUAAUUUCACCUUGAUAGUGCGUGUUUAUAAGAUAAAGGGCUAUUCAGGUCUGCAAAUAUACUGUACUCCAAAUAGCAGAUGUUGUCCAUUGAGUUGUCUUCUUGCUAUGUUUUUAGACACUACAGUGUAGUUCAUCGUGAAAUGAGUAAAAUGUUCCGCCGACUGUUUGGCCCUUUUUCUUUUCACAACCAAAGCAACUCAACCUCGUCUCCAGGUCUUCUAGGUUAAUUAAUAGUGUGUUAACCCUCAACUGUGCUGCACCUUUGAUGUCAUUGGUUGAUUAAUCGCAAAAUUCUUCCAAAUUUGGUCAACAGUAGCUGGUUAUGGUGAAUUAUGUGUGUGUGUUUUAGCCAAUCAGAAACUGAGAAAUAUUUUGAAUGAAUAGUAAGUAGCAAUUAUUGAAUGAGGCUGAGUUUCAUCGGAAGAAUUAUUGGGGUUGAGGAGGGUGUUACCUGCUGAGGUUGCAAGGUUGAGGUGGAUAACACCCUCCUCCAGUAUGAGGACUGUACUGACAGUAUGUUGGUUAUUAUUAUAGCAAUAUUAUAGAAUGAGGCUGAGUACCAUCUCAAGAAUUACGGAGAUUGAUGGGGGUGUUAUCUGCUGAGGUCGCAAGGCUGAGGUUGAUAACAGCCUCCGAGAUCUUCAUAAUCCUUCAGAUGAUGAGAAAGGUCUCACCUCAUAUAGAGAGACCCAUAAAAAGGAUCAGAGUGUUGAAGGCCCCAUUGGUACACUCCUACCCAAAUUUCCCAUAAAUGCCCCUCCUCCUCUCCCAGGAGCUACAUGUGUUAAAAAUUACAUUUAUUUUCUGGACAAAAAAUGUUAUAGUUGCUAUAGGUAUCAUUAAGUUCAUUGUACCGUGAUAUACAUGUGUUCACACAUUUUUUCCUCUUUAUAACAGACUUGUCCAAGGGAAAACUAUUCUCUUUGUCAAUGGGAUUGAUAGGUGUUACAGGUAAUUAGUGGUAAUUAGUGGUGGUUUAGUUUUAAAUACGUGUAAAUAUGCAUUUCUUUGGAAGAAAGAGACAUAAUACAAUAGUACUCAUACACCCUGAGAGAUUGUUAACACCCAAACUAGACUACACAGCAGCCAUGGAAUGUACAGCCACUGCAUAACCCCUGUAGCAUAACAACAUCCAGCUUGAAGUUAGUCCCAGCAUUAACAGCUCAGACUUCUUUCUGGUCAGAGUUCUUUUGGUGCAGUUUACAGUCCAUGAAUGAAGUAAUGAGUUAUGAAUAUCCCCUAAACUUGACGCUAAUGUGAAUCUGUGUGACAGACAGUAAGGUGCCAGACAUCUGUAACAUCCAUAGUGGUUGUCUCAAAUUAUCCACAUACAAAAAUUAAUAGAUUAUUACUUUGAUUGAUUAAUUCUCCAGACUGAUUCUGAACGUCUCGUUAAAGAAAUUAGUUGAGAGAAUAUUUGAUAGAAUAUCAUUUUUUAUCUCUUUGGUGAGCAUUUUAUUCAUUCUCAAAACUUUUCUUUCACGAUUGUGAAUAUUAUUUGCAAAGAAUUGAUGUUGGUCGCUCUUAGGUCAAGUGAGAGUACUUUGAGAUGGAUGUACUGUUUUUUUUCUUAUCUGAGAAGAAUAGCAAGUCUAACCGUAAUUAUUACAGUUGUCAGAGAAAUGACGCACUUUUUCCUCAGUUAUUUAAACACUCAAGUGUUGGUCCACUGAGCUGGGAAUUGAACCAGUGGGGUUUACAGCUCCCCCCUGUGGUACCCAAGCAGUUGAGCUACAUGUAUGCAGCAGGCAAUGAACAUGACUGCAGUUGUUUACAUCCUUAAUUUGUCUUUUGUAUCAUCUGCAUUUUCAUUUUACUGUUCCAAGAUUAAGGCUGUGCUUUAGGAAAAAUUAAAGGAAGCCCAGUACUCUGAACCUGAAAAAUCUAGUGUGCCCUGCAGCAAAUGAUUUUAUGAAAAAUCAAGCAAGAGAAAGGCAUCAGAAGCGGCCUCCGGGUCUAAUGUACUAGAGCACAUCUUUGACGAUAAUCACCUAAAUUCUCUCCUUGUCUUGCAGACUUAAACUCUUCCUCGAACAGUUUUCAAUCAAAGCUUGUGUACUAAAUUCUGAAUUACCACACAAUUCAAGGUAAGUUUAAGUUAUAUUUGUGUUAGUUCUUUUCUGUCAUUUUACUUCUGAAGUGGUUAAUUACACGGUGUAGGAUGUUAUCUUCAAGUAAAUUGUUUGAUUGUCUUUUCUUUUGUACUUGAUCAAAAAAUGUUGAGUAACAUUUGAAUGAUUUUUGCCAUUUCUAGAUUACACAUUGUAGAAGAAUUCAACCGAGAUAUUUAUGAUUAUAUAAUAGCAUCUGAUGAGAGUGUUUUCGAUGCCGUUGCUGCUUCAUCCAGUAUCCUUAUCUAUGGCCUUACCUGCCCUAAACAAGCUAAUUGAGAUGUUUAGAUUAAACUACGAUUAAGAGCUUGCGUACAAGUACAAGUUUUCAAAGAAAAUUCUAGAUAAAUUUUGUUAUCAUAAUUAGGUGGAAUAAUUCUUUCAGGUGAUUGUACAGUGCAGAGUUUGUGUUAUCACCAAAAUAAAUUAUAAAGAUUACCAAUGAGGGCACCACUGUUUUGAAGUUGUAUCAAGCAAAUUCAGUAAAGAGGCUUUUUUAACGAGGUUAUACAAUUCCCAUGUUAACAGCUACUCCUGUACAGGUGUAUGGCGGACUUGUAUCUGACAAAAUACUAAUUUGGGGCAUAGACAGCAAACAGACAGCGACUUUCUGACAGUCAGCUCACUAAACAACAAAUAAAGUUGUUCUCCUUAAUAAACUGAAAAUAAUCAGCGAGUGUGAAGAAAAAGAAAAAGUGAGUAUUAUUAGCUUGACACCUGGGCCCAGUUGUUCUAAGGCCGAUUAGCGCUAACCCAGGGUUCAAUUUCUUUUUAGAGAUCCAAUCAUCAAAUUGUAGGCAAAAAGAAUAAAACUGAAUCUGCUUCUCAAGCUUUCAUAUCUAAAAUCAAAUUUCGCACUAACCCUUGGUUAACUUAACCCUGCUUUGAACAACUCGGCCCUGGAUAUUGUGCAGAUUAACUAGCCAGCUGUUUUAUUUCACAAGAAGACUACAAAUCCCUCAUAAUACAUGUGAUCGCUUAUCUAAGAGGAGUGAGCCCUCGUUUGUCGCUUCUCGCGUCUAACGACUCUACUAAACUAAGCAACCACUACCGGUCUGUUUAUGGGUUGUCUUGGUGGCUUACUCUAUUUCAGCUGUUGUACUACUACAUGAGAAAUUUCUGCAAUUUGAUUGGCUUAGAGCAGUGGUGUUUCAGCUUGAUUUGAAAUACCUACAUGUGAAAAUUACAAACGUUUUGCGGCUAGUAGUAUAAACAAAUAAUAGCAUGAUUUGUACGUGAUAGUUUGCAUAAAUACCACUCGUGAUAUUUGUAAAUUGUCUCAAAUUUCACUCGCCUAACGGCUCGUGAAGUUACGUAUAACAGUUUCGAAAUAUCACUCGUGGUAUUAAUGCCAAAUAUCACUACAAAUCAUGCUAUUACCUAUACUAAUUCUAUUCGAUGACAAGUCAUUUCCAAGUGUUCUUUAUGAAAUUGUGAUAUAAGCAGUGUGCUCGUGUCAAAUUUAAAACUAAAAUUGUCUUUCUUUGUGGACAGGAAAAAGAAAGACAACGAGUAUGGAGUAUCAAGAGGAGUGGAUUUCCAAGGUGAUAUGAAUUAGCUUACACAUCACGGUGUUAACUAUGAUUUCGUUGCGGAUGUUACGGUCGGACAGCACAGUCAGUCCAGUUGAGGCUGGCGCCUGGCUUCUAUGUCGAGGUUCUUUGAUACAGUGGAACCUCGAUAUAACGAAGGGCCAACUGCCCAAGGGACUGGCGAAAUUUGUUCGCUAUAAAGAGGUUUUGUUAUAUCAAACUUCUUUUCCAUAUGUGUUAAUAUUACUGGGGUAAAGAAAACCACGGUGUUCGUUAUACCGAGGACUUGGUUACAUGGAGGUUCUAUUGUAUCGAGGACUUGAUUAUGUAGAAGUUUUUGUAGGGAGGACUUAGUUAUGUAGAAGGCCGUUAUAUCGAUGACUUUGUUAUGUAGAGGUUCGUUAUAUCAAAGUUCCACUGUACCAAACCUCAGCUCUAAAAGCUCGUUUUUCAGUUGCUAGGAUUAAAGCUGAUUGUAAGUUACAAAGAGUUCCACUAUUUCGAGAUAAAUUAUUGUGUUUUAAAAAAAUGACCGAAAACCGAUUGGUAAUCCCCUUGAAAGAAUCAAAUAUCUCUCCUUUAAGUGUUUUAAGUUUAAGAAAAAUGUUUGAGAAUACCUAAUUUCAGCUCAGCUUUGAUAAAAAAAUAUGGAACUCACCAUGACAGUACAGAUAAGGAAACCGGUUUUUUUUUGUUAUUUUAGGUGUAGAAAAUGUCAUCAAUUUUGAUUUUCCCACAACUGUGGAUGCCUAUAUUCAUAGGGUGGGAAGGUAAGAGACACUUAAACUGUUAUAAUGGUUACUGUACUUAAUUUUACGCUGACAGAAUAAAGCGUUGGCUUUGUUUGGUAGGAGCAAAGAAAAUUUGAUUUAAGAUUAAAUUCUGUAUUUUCCUUCGAAUUUCUAGCCACUGUCCUUUUUCUUUCUUUGUUUUUAUUGUUAUAGUACCAUCUUGAGAAUAAAAAUACUCGUAAAAAUGUAGUUUACUUUAAUUAAAUACAGAUUUGAACCUCUUCAGCUGUUUUGCUGCGUUUUUUGUCAACAAACGAGAGUAGCAGUGUUUUUGUUUUCUUUCCAUGUUUGAUUGCGCUCAGUUGCUCAAUUCCAAGUCUUUUGGCCCUUUUUUUGAUACUGUUCUCGCUAACUGCGCUUCCGUUGGGGCGUGUCAGUUGCUUUAAAUAUACAAAUAAUUAUGCAAGUCUUCAACUUUUUGACCUUUUGCGCUUGACCUUCAAACCGUGUUCUUCCACAUGCCUUUCACAUGUCAUGAAUAGUUAUGAAGCCACUGAUGUUUUAGCCUCCCACGCAGGCAUUUUUAGGGGAGCUCGUUUUUCAUCCCUCCCCUAAAAACGCCUGCAUGGGAGGCUACUGAUGUGGGAAGCUGUGUCAGUUAUGUGUUCGUUUCCGUUAGUGUAAAAUGAGAUGCUCUCACGUGCUGAUUGUAAAUUAUCCUUGUGUUACAGAACAGCUCGUGGUGAUAAUAAUGGCACUGCGUUGUCAUUUGUGACUUCAGAUGAUCAUAAAUUACUUUCGAAAGCUGAAGAAGAACUUACCAAAGAGUGUACAGGUGCGUGAAAAUGUUCUGAUUCCUUGCAAAAACACGUCAUGAUCUCUCUGCACGUAAUAAAGAAGAUGCAAAAUAGAACAACCCAAAGCUUGUUACCGUCGGCAAUUUUUCAUGCAAUUUUUUUCUUGUCUCGCAAUUUGUUUUACCGUUGCGAAAGAAUUUAAACGAGAUGUUUUUCAGUGUAACCACUCAUUAUGCGGUGAGGCUUUGCCAGGCUCAGGUAUAUCAAGGGAUAGGGAGGGAAUACCAUUCGUCAGCAAAAGAUCGCUGAAGGGUUACCUUUUCUGUGAAAAAUGGUAUAUAUAAUAAACAAUAAGGGUAAGGAUUUGGACCUCGAGGUUGAACCUCCCUGGAUAAAACUUUGUUGAACUGUAGCCUAACCCGGAAAAUACGUUUCGAAAAUUAGAUCAUAAUUUCACAUUGUGCACCAAAAAUGUUGCGAUACAAGUUCAGUUUAGUGGCGUUACACUUUGCAGUUUCUGGUGAAGGCACAAUCAUGGACAAAAGUAUUGGGACCCACUUUCAUUUCUGUGGCGUUUUCCAAUUCACACAGGUCCAACCCCUCCCCUCACCCCACAAACAAUGUUGGACGCCUGUAUCCAGAAUUUUUUUCGAGUUUCAACUUUGUAUAGGGUGGGGGGGAGGGAGAACUGCAAGAAAUUUUCGAAAAGGAUGCACCAUUUUAAGAGCGAACCGAGAAAUGACAGAAAAGUACGAAUAUUGCAGUACUGUCCCAAGGACUUUUGUCCAGGAUUGCAGUUUUGCAACAAAUGUGCGAAACAAGUUGGGAGAAAAAUUGCCUUGAGUGAUGUCGCCGAGAAAUUACUCGAAAUCCUCUUCUUAAGUAGACAGUGUCUUUCUAUUCUAAUGCGCUGAAGUUGUUGGUCACAAUUUGAAACUACAAAUGCAGGAAGUGAACACUGAGUCUUUGUAAAUGUGUACCAAUUUUCCAGGAGAGAAGAAGCAAAUUUUCAAACCUUAUCAGUUUAAAAUGGAGGAGAUUGAAGGGUUCAGAUAUCGAGCACAGGUAAAGACUUAGUUUACACGACAUCACUCCUUCAUCCCUGACUUAAAGCAGAUAAAUAAACGUUUAACGCUUUUAGAAAUGCGAGACUUCUUGUUAUUUUGCAAGGCAUGUUUCGUGGCCUGCGUAGCAGACACGGCUAAGUUCCCAUCGCUGGUUUAGCGUGGGCCGGCUGCAACGGAUGCAGGCUACAUGUUUCCAUGACAUUUAUAAGAGUGGUUAGAUGGACAGAGACACAAGCUAAGAGGUCUUGAAUUUGAUGUCACAUUGAAUGAUACCGUUCCUAAACGGAAAAAAUGAAUUAUGAAAAAUCGUAAAUGACCUAAUAAACGCCCACUUCCAAAUAAUUAACAAUUAAUGAAUGAGGCUGAGUAUCUUAUGAAGAAUUAUGGAGAUCGAGGAGGGUGUUAUCGGCCGAUAACAUCCUCCGAGAUCUCCAUAAUUCUAGACAUGAUACGAAAGCCGAAUUCAAUAAUUGUUUUAUUAUUCAUUCAAAAUAAUUCCUACUUUAAAAACAUGGCAAAAAUAUGCUAACCUCCAUCGAUCCAUCGAUGUUAAGUUCAUCUUCCAUAGUGCACGUUUGGGUUUGUCCAGCUCCGCAAACCCCGAAAAGGGGUUACCUCACCUACCUGGGUUCCCCCACCUCCAUGUAAAGAGGCCCUAAACCUAUUGCUUUUUAGAAGUUCUCGUUACCGUCUCCGUCGUUGUUGCUAAAGCUUCCUAGUAACCCUGAGCGAGGUUUCUGACAUUGAUGUUGGGAUUUGAAAGAGCGAUAGUGACCUCUAGACGAAUUAUGAUGUAUCGAUUGAUGGAGUGGAUAUUCGGUUAUUUUUAAACCUUUUGAUAUUUUUGCCGAUAGCAGUGCACGAUAUAAGAAGCUUUGUUAUUGGCGCAUUUCUGAGCUCAUUGUUGUUAAAAGAGCAAAUGAUCUCUGAUCGCAAAGCAAGCGGGGGUUUUGAACACAAAAUUGCCGGUUUAAAAAUGGCAACAUUUAUAAGUAGUUGAUGUUUCUGUUGUUGUUGUUAUUGCACAGCCCCCUUAAAAAAAAAAAAAAAAAAAAACUGGCAAAAUUGCCGGGGGUUUUUUUUCAUUUACCCUGCGAGCAGAGGUCUCUCUCAGUGUUUACUACGAAGUCAUUCGCGAGGCUUGUCUGUCGCAUAGUUGGUUUGUUCACGUCCCGUGAGAAACCUCUGCAGCAAACCGUUUCUCACGUAAACAAACCAACUACGCGACAGACAAGCCACACGAACGACUUCGUAAACGCUAAAAGCCAUGCAAGAGAGAAACCUCUGCUCGAAGGGUAUGUUUCAUCAAAAACGUGCGUGAAAUCAGCACAAAACCGAUCGCUUUCUACCGAAAUUUGCUUUUUUUAACGAUCGUUUUUCGGCGAAAUUUGACUCGAAUUUUCCCGCGAAUUCUCGCGAAAUCGGCCGUUUUUUCUGCUAAUUUGUCUCUGAAAAUCUCACGAAGUCUGACUUUUUACCGCGACCUAUCAGAGGCUCUGUGUUGUGAACGGUUUCCUUGAUAAAGGUUCUUGAUCUGGUCGCCUUUUUCUCUCCCCCCCCCCCAAUUUUUUUCCUUCACGAACGUCAAUAAUGUCCAAUUAUGACCAAUCGUAUUUAAAACAUAGUGAACUUUAGAGCCGUAAAAGAGCGGACAAAAUGUCCUGUCAUCCAAGGGUUUGACCGGACAAAGCCUUUUUCAACCAGACAUUGUCUGUUGACCGGCCGUUAUUUGAACCCCUGAGCACUCAUUUAAUUUUCUUUUUUACGUAGUUACUUACGAGCUCGCUCAAGGUCACACGUAACUUUGUUAUAGAACUUCAUUAAUUUGACUCACUCUAUUUUUUUUAAGCUAACGGUCUUUGAGUGUAAAGAAAGUGUCAAGUCGAACCCUUUUAAGCCUCUCAUUGAAAUAUCGUUAUUUUAAAUCAAUAUGCACUGAAAAUGUUUCUUCUUUUUUUUCUUAACGACGGUUUUGAAGUGUACAUCCGAGGUUAACAAAGCGCAUUAGAACGGCAUUACGUAAAGAAAAAACGUCUCAGCAAAAGACCUCGUUAAUUUUCGCAAAAACACUAGGUAGACAACAACCUUGUUGUGCACAGGGAAGCUGUAUUGUGCGAACUCAAUAGCCUUUAAGGCUGGCGCAAAAAAUCCCCGUGAGAGGGAGAGGAAGAAAAGCGCGAAAAGGAAAAGGGGACCCUGUUCCCCAAUCCCCCUCUUCUUUCUCCAUUUUCAGUGUCCCAAUUCCCUCCCCUUUCAACGCUCGCUAUGCAGGCUAAAGCCUAAGGACUCCAUUAUAUAGCUGGACCCCUUAUCUAUUAUAGCAGGCACGGAUGCCAUUGAGUUUCACACUGUUAUUUUUCGAUUUGGAAUAAAAUAUACCUGCAAUAGCAGACAUAUCUAUUAAGCGGAUACUAGCGACAAAAUAUUUUCUUUUGCAAAUUCAAAAGCUGGUGUUAAAGAUUGUGGUUCGAAUCACCAAUUAUUGACUCGGCUUUAUUACAACUGAACCCUUAUUUAUUUAUUUACUUAUUUAUUUAUGUAUGUAUUUAUUUUUGUCGUAUGUAGGACGCGCUAAGAGCAGUAACGAAAUCAGCAGGUUAGUGAUAGAAUAAUACACCAUUACACCAAAUACAGGACAAAUGUUCCCGUCCAUGCACGCACAGUCUUCUGUUGGGUUCCUAGAUUUUGAGGGCGAUUGGACGUGUCUGCAUAAAGUAAAGACAAGUAUGAAGACAUCUUUAACUAAUUUUUACAAUGUUUCCCUCCUGCAGUAAAAGAAGCAAGACUAAAGGAAAUCAAGUCAGAAAUAUUAAAUUCUGAGAAGCUCAAGGUAUUCUAAUCCCUAAUAACUUUUAUUAUGAAAAACAGCAAUUAUUAGAUUAUUUAAAUAAUAUUCAGCCGAAGAGUAUUCCUCUACUUUGAAUUAACUAGAACGUAAAAAGCCAGCAAUUUGUGAUUGUUUCGUUAACUGAGCACUUGCUAUCAACCCUUACAGCUAUUAGCCUGGCAAGUUUCAUGAAACGUGCGACCAGUAAAAGUCAUUUUAAGUACAUGGGCGAGAAGUAAUUUUUUUAUUUAACCAUUUGAAAAAAGAGACGUGCUUUCGGCGUUAGUUUGAUUUGAAUUGUACUCUGUUAUUCGAGGGCUAAUAUAUGAGCCGCAAUUGCGGGUACUCUAGAUUUGCUGUGGUGACGUUUACCCCAUAUUACACCAUCUCGAUAUAUACUAGCCUGUGUAUCAUGAAGCAAAAAGGACAAGAGAAGUGAAAAGUUCAACUCCUAAGGAAGGCCUGAUGCUCAAGCUAUCUGGCUGUAAUAAAAAAAUCGAUUUAUAUCGCAUUUAAUUAACGUGCCGCCACUGCAGUGGUAUUAAAAGCGAUCAUCUGGCUGCAGACGAGGUCAGCCCGUCUCAAAAAUCAGCAACUAGGACAAACCUGUUUUUGGUGACAGGAACUGGGCCACUUUUAUUAAUGAGCGUAGCCCUGGGCGAACCGGGGAGUUCAUUGAAACAUUAUGAAAAAUUAAUUUUAAACUAUUGAAAUGCCUGGUCUGGUCUAGCGGUCUAGGACGCUGUGUUGUGGCCGUAGAAACCCAGGUUCGAACCCUGAGGCUAGCCCAUUACAGUUCUUUUUUUUAUUUUUUAAUAGUACAUUAUAUUUUUACUUGUGGACCCGAUUUUGCGAAGACAAAGAAAUUUUCACAACACAGUAUUUCAUCGCAAAACAUUUUAUUCACCUCAAAGAGUAUAUUACUGUACACACAAGAAAUAAUAAUAGUAAAGGAAUGGCUUUUGGCUACGUCAUCACUUUAUGUAGAGUCUAAUAUCUACAAGCAUCUGUUCUACCAAAUUGUCUUUGUAGCUUGGGUCUUGCUUCGUAGGUAGGUGCUUUUUCUUCAACAAUGAUAGGAAGUUCAUCUGCCCAUUGAAAUUACUGAAAUUUUUCUUUUCUUCUGCAUGAGAAGUAAGGUCUGUAUGGGUUUCUUUCGGAUCUUGACACUCGUAAGGUAGGCACCUCUGCAUGUUUACAAAACAGCUGUUUUUCUCCUUCACAGACUUUGUAAUCAGGAAUAAUGCGUUCGUAGAUACACGGCUAAUAUCCGCGCUCAGUCUCUUCAGGACAGAAGGGACACUCUUUCCACUUAACACAACGCAAGUUGGGCCACCAAAUACAGGCUUGAUAACCUCAAGGUUUCGAAGACACAGUGAUAUGUGAUAUGUGAAAUGCCGUUCACCAUACAUUUUAUAUAUAGUUUGAAUACAACUGGUUUAAAACCUGUCAACUUUGUCAAUACGAUUGAUUAACAAGUCUAACCAGUACCAACAGGUUUUACAAAAUUCAUUGAGAUGCAAAAUAGCUCUUUCAUUGCGUUCUCUUUCCUGCUGUGGAUAAACAAGCCAGUCUUGCUCAUACGGUGCCAGUAAAUCCAGUAUGUCUAGCAAAUCAUGCCAUAACCAGUAACCACGUGACUCAUAUUGCGGAGAUCUGUGAACGCAAAAUCUAGAUUUGACGACAACGUCUGAUUUUCUUGUACUGAUGUUGGAUUCUUUUUCUUCAGAUCAUCGUAGAUUAAAAAUGCUAAGCAUAUCCAGUAGGCCUCUUUUGUCCUUUACUUCUGCACCAUAGUUAAUGUGAUCUUCAUUGAUAUUUGGUACCAUGGUGCAAAGUUAAGCUCAAGAAUAAGUGAAAUGAAAACCUUGUUUCUCUCUUUUUGGGGUGUCACUCACGUAUGACCAGUUUGUCAGGAUUAACAAGGCUCCCAUUGUCUAUUGCUUCGUAAUCUUGCCGCUAUAGUUGUUCUCGGUUUCCGUCUAGAUGAUUUGCGUGCAGAAUCAGGUGGAGUGUCUGACAUCAAAGGAAGUGACAUUUCCUCUGGUGAAACAAGAGAUGUCAUUUUUUUCCACCUUGGAAUUUUUGACUCUCGUGUUCGAAGUGUUGCGAGCAAUUUUCUAGGUGCUUUAGUUGACUUUGAUUUGAAAGUAUCGAGAUCUGGGUUUGUUGAAGUUUCUUUAGGUGUGCGUACAUCAUUUUUCCCACUUGUAUCUGUGGUAGGCAAAGGAUCCGCUUUGGGAAGGACCAUGGUUGGUUUUAUCGUGGUCUCCGUUUUCAUUUGGUUGGUUAAUCCUCUGUAGUAACUGAUCCAAUAAAAACACUUUUUGGUCUUCUGGUAAAGGACACUCUAUGAUUUGCUUCAUGUCUUGGUCUAAUCUUGUCAGUGUUGGAAGCUGAGCAGGAGUAGUUAAACGUCGUUCUGUCUCCAGACUUUGUAAUAAAUGCUCGGGUAUGAACACUUUACCCAGUAAAUCAACAGCAAGGGGGCAACCAAUGCAGCUAGAGCUGGUAAAAAUCCUCCUUUUUGAUGAAGCACCUCCUUCUUCUUUUUAAGGCUCGGUUUCUUGCAAGCCAAAUACAGGAGCUUUGACUUGUGUGGUUUCAGUCGUUUAAAUGAUGAAGUAGGUACUAUGAUGUUGCCCUUAAGGAGAUUCAGAGCCACUUCCCCAAUAGCUUCCAUUUGUCCUAUGUUGGCAUGAGUUAUCAUAUCUUUUUGCUGCUGUUCAUUACUUUUAAAACAUGCACAAAGGAAAGGCAAAUGUUGUCGGAGUUUGGAUUGCUUUUGCAUUUGCUUGCUUUCCUCUUACCCGUUUUGUGAGUUAUAGUACCAGAACGUAAGACCAUAGUACCACCACGUUGAUUUGCAAUUCUUGACUUUACUGAGCGACAUCACUUACACACAGGCAUGUUGCUAACUAACGUCAACAGUCAGAGGGCUGUCUGUUUUAUGCGUUUUCUUGUUGAUGUAAACCGCAGGGUAAGAUUGUGAUUCAGGUAGGAUGUUGCUGUGUAAUCGUAGGGUGACCGGUGUUCAUGGAUGUAAAUCAAACAUGAGAUAACCAUAGGGCUGUGAUGUCGCAUCUUGAAAACUUUCCCAUACGUAAGGAACAUGUCCUGCAAAGGCUUGCUGCGCCAGCGUUCUUAAACCCAGUGUAUAGCGAGGAUUAUUAAAAACGAUGAUGUAAUGAGCAUUGAGAGAAAUGCUUCUGAAAAUUUCCCAAGUGGAAAAAGGUUCUGGGUCAAAUAGGGGCAAGUGACAUUACAAUGAUGAGACACUUGUAAAUAGAUCCAGGAUAUGUUCGUCCUCACUACAGUUUCUCAUAAAAUCAUCUAACACGAGUAUCCCUGUACGACAAUGCAAUGGAAAUAAUGCAGGAAUAUCUUCAGGAAUACCCUCCACAAACGUAAUUUGUGACGCCAUGUCUUGAAAGCCCUCUUGUCACUGUCCGUAACAGUACACGAUUUUAUGGUCUGGUCUUUCAAACAAAACAUUUGCAUAUUUAAUAAACUGUCUGGUGAACGUGGUUUUUCCACAUUAGCUGGGGCCCUUGAUCAUGAUACUGCAUGGACAUUUGAAUUGAGCCAUGUUGCUCACUGAGACAAGAAGACCAACUGAUGUGAAAACUACAGGUGUCAUUCCUUUUAUAACGGUAUAUCUGGAGACCAACAGAAAUAUGACACAACGUUUUCAUUUUAAGCAAUGGUUUAUUGAUUCAUUACGCCAAUAUUUUAAUGAUUUAGAAGUUUGCUCAUACUGAGAAAACGGUAGGUUAUGUCUAAUACUCGUCAACGAUUUUUUUACAUAACUGUGUACAAAAGUUGCUACUUGUGCAUCAUUCCACUGUGUAUCGUGUUGUUCAAAUUUAGCUUGAAUUGUGUUCAUAUCAACGUUACGUGCUUGAUGAAGUAAAUAAAACAAACAAUAGUCUUCAAGUGUCUGAAGUAAGUCCUUGGAAUGGUUUAUCAUUGUAACGGGUCACGUUCUGGUUGAUGUAUCCAUCUAUGCCAUAGGUAUCGGUAGAAAACCCAUAACUGUCAAAAAAACUCACUCUCCCGCAGCAAGAUGAAGUACGUGGCUACGCAGUGCGUCCCAGGUUUAUCAUGAGGAUCCGUAUUUGCAAUCAGUCCAGAAGGAUACUUGUUAACAAUAGGUAACUUGUCUGUCGGGUAGACACCUUGCAUAAUAGGAGCCAACAUGGGAUCUUCUAUUGUCGCUUGCCAUAACUCAAAAGUGGUAUGCAUUGUCUUGUUUUUCAAGCGCCUUGAGACAGGUCGUACACCAUGCAUCUGUUACAAUCAAUUUCUCACUGAUUUUGAAAUUCUGUGUACACAAUUAAAUUGAGAACCGCUGGCAUUGGAGUGUUAAACUUCAAAUACAAAUUGACGUUACCGCUGUAAUGUGAAACCAGGUGACUAGGGUGACAAUUUCCUGCUGGUGUCAGGUCUAGUCUGAACAAACCAUUCCCUUGCUCCCACUCUUUACGAUCAAUAUGCCAACCCAUGGCCACAGUUCAUAUCUCCACUGCCUGAGAACAAGGUGUUGUAGCCAAAAAGCUUUUUUGCAACUUGGUGCAGAUAGGUGCCACUUGGUGCAGAUUGGUGCAAAUUGGUGCAGUUUCGUGUAGCUUGGUGCAGUUUGGUGCAGCUUCAUGCAACUUGGUCCGGUUUGGUGCAGAUUGGUGCAACUUGGUGCAGUUUGGUGCAACGUAGAGCAGUUUGCUGCACCUUGGUGCAAUUUGGUGGUGUUCGGUGCAGAUUGGUGAAAAUUGGUGAAACUUGGUGCAGAUUGGUAUAACUUGGUGCAGCUUGGUGCACUUUAGUGCAACUUGGUGCGGAUUGGUGCAGUUUUGUGCAACUUGGUGCAGAUUGGUUUAACUUGGUUCAUUUUGGUGCAGUUUGGUGCAACUUGAUGCAACUUGGAGCAGUUUGGUGCAACUUCGUGGAUCUUGGUACAACUUGAUGCAGUGAGGUGCAGAUUGGUGCAACUUGGCGCAGUUUAAUGCAACUUUUUGCAGACUAAUGCAACUUAGUGCAGUUUGGUGUAACUUGGUGCAGUUCGGUGAGUUGCACCAUUCUACACCAAUUUGCGUCAAGUUGCACCAAUCUUCAUCUGAUUGCACCAAGCUGCACAAAAGUGCACCAAAGCGCAUCUAGUUGCACAAAGAUCCACCAAGUUAAACCAAACUGCAUCAAGUUGAAUCAAAGUGCACCAAACUGCACCAAGUGGCACAAAUCUGCACCAAAUUGCACCAAUCUUCGCCAGACUGCACUAAGUUGCCCCAAAGUGCACCAAGUUGCACCAAUCUACACGAAACUGCACCAAGUUGCACCAAAUUGCACCAAUCUGCACCAAGUUUACCUGUCUGUACCAAACUGCACCAAGUUGCACCAAGGUGAACAAAGUGGCACCAAGUUGCACUAAAUUGCACCAGUCUGCCCCAAGAUGCACCACGUUUCAAUAGUCUGCACAAAACUGCACUAAUCUGCACCAAAUUGGGCCAAUCUGCACCAAACUGCACCAAGUUGCACUAAAGUGCACCAAUUUGCACCAAAAUGCAUCAAAUUGCACCAAGUUGAAUUAAUCUGCACCAGACUGCACUAAGUUGCACCAAUCUGCACCAAGUUGCACCAGGUUGAACCAAACUGCACCAAUCUGCACCAAAAUUCACCAAAUUGCAUCAAGUUUCACCAAUCUGCACCAAGUUAAACCAAACUGCACGAAGUUGCACCAAGCUUCACCAAACUGCACUAAGUUGCACCAAUCUGCACCAAGUUGCACCACGUUGAAUUAAUCUGCACCAAACUGCACUAAGUUGCACCAAUAUUCACCAAUCUGCACCAAGUUGCACCAAACUACACCAAGUUGCACCAGUCUGAGCCAAGUUACAGAAAGCUGCACGAAGUUGCACCAGUCUGCACCAAAAUGCACCAAAUUGCACCAAAUUGCACCAAGCUGCACCAAUCUGCACCCAAAUAAACCAAGUUGCAACAGUCUGCAGCAAACUGCACUAAUCUGCAGCAAAUUGCCAAUCUGCACCAAACUGCACCAAGUUCCACUAAAGUGCACCAGUUUGCACCAAAAUGCACCAAAUUGGACCAAGUUGAAUUAAUCUCGCCAAACUGCACUUACACCAAUCUUCACCAAUCUGCACCAAGUUGCAGCAAACUGCACCAAGUUGAGCCAACCUGCACCAAUCUGCACCAAAAUUCACCAAAUUGCCCCAAGUUUCACCAAUCAGCACCAAGUUAAACCAAGCUGCACCAAACUGCUCCAAGUUGCACCAAGUUGCACCAAACUGCACCAAGUUGAACCAAAGUGUACCAAGUUGAACCAAACUGCACCAAGUUGCACCUAUCUGUACCAAACUGCACCAAGUUGCACCAAUCUGCACCAAGUUCUACCAAGUUGCACCAAAAUGCACCAAGUUGCACAAAACUGCACUAAUCUGCCCCAAAACGCACCAAAUUGCACCAAGUUGCACCAAACUGCACCAAGUUGAACCAAAGUGCACCAAGUUGCACCAAGCUGCACCAAACUGCACCAAGGUUUAUCAGUCUGCACCAAGUUGCACCAAGGUGCACAAAGCGGUACUAAGUUGCACCAAAUUGGACCAAUCUGCACCAAAAUUCACCAAGUUGCAACAGUCUGCACCAAACUGCACCAAGUUGCACCUAUCUGCACCAAGUUCCACCAAAUUGCAUGAAGCGGCACCAAGUUGUACCAAAUUUUACAAACCCUCACCAAAAUGCACCAAGCUGCACCAAUCUGCACCAAACUACACCAAGUUGAUCCAAACUGCACUAAGUUGCACCAAGCUGCACCAAACUGCACCAAGUUACACCUAUCUGCACCAAGUUGCACCAAACUGCUUCAAGUUGCACCAAUCUGCACCAAGUUGCACCGAGUUGCACAAAGUGGCACGAAGUUGCACCAAUUUGUACCAAUCUGCACCAAAAUGCACCAAGUUGCAACAGUCUGCACCAAACUGCGCCAACUUGCACCAAACUGCACCAAUCUGUACCAAAAAUGCACCAAGUUGCACCAAACUUCACCAAGUUGCACCAAAAUGCACCAAGUUGAAUUAAUCUGCACCAAACUGCACUGAGUUGCACCAAUAUUCACCAAUCUGCACCAAGUUCACCAAUAUGCACCAAGUUCCACCAAGUUGCAGGAGGCUGCACGAAGUUGCACCAAACGGCUCCAAAAUGCACCAAGUUGAACCAAUCUGCACCAAACUACACCAAUCGGCACCAAAUUGCACCAAGUUGCACCAGUCUGAACCAAACUGCACUAAGUUGAACCGAACUGCACCAAGUUGCACCAAGUUUCACCAAACUGCACCAAGUUGUAGAAAGUUGCACCAAAUUGCACCAGUCUGCUCCAGAAAGCGCCAAGUUGCACCAUUCUGAACCAAACUGCACCAACUUGUACCAAUCUGCACCAAAAUGCACCAAAUUGUACCAAACUGCACCAAGUUGAACCAAAGUGCACCAAGUUGAACCAAGCUGCACCAAGUUGCACCUAUCUGUACCAAACUGCACCAAGUUGCACCAAUCUGCACCAGGUUCCACCAAGUUGCAGAAAGCUGCACCAAGUUGCACCAAACUGCACUAAUGUGCCCCAAAAUGCACCAAAUUGCACCAAGUUGUACCAAACUGCACUAAGGUGAGCCUCAGUGCACCAAGCUGCACCAAACUGCACCAAUUUUUACUAAACUGCAGCAAGUUGCACCAAAAUGCACCAAAUUGCAAAAAAAGAUUUAUGGCUACAACACCUCGUUCUCAGGCAGUGGGUGAGUGGAGUCAUGGGUUGGAUAUUGAUCGUAAAGAUUGGGAGCAAGGGUAUGGUUUGUUCAGACUCGACCUGACAGCAGCGAUAAGGUCAAUUUGUAUUUGAAGUUUGACACUCCAACGCCAGCUGUUGUCAAUUUAAUCGUGUACGCAGAAUUUCAAAAUCAGUUGGAAAUUGGCCGUUACAGACGCGUGGUGUGCGACCUGUCUCAAGGCGCUUAAAAAACAAGACAGUGGAUACCACUUUUGAGUUAUGGCAAGCGGCACUUCAAGAUCCCAUUUUGGCUCUUCUUAUGCCAGGUGUCUACCCGAGAGACAGGUUACCUAUUGUUAACAAGUAUCCUUCUGGACUGUUUGCAAAUACGGAUCCUUAUGACAAACCUGGGAUGCACUGGGUAUCUUUUGUAUUCUUUUGCUUAACUUUGCACCAUGGCAACAAAUGUCAAUGAAGAUCACAUUGACUAUGGUGCAGAAGUAAACUAUGAAAGGACAAAAGAGGCCUACUGGAUAUGCUUAGCAUUUUGAAUCUACGAUGAUCUGAAGAAAAGGAAUCCAACAUCAGCACAAGACAAUCAGACGUUGUCGUCAAAUCUAGAUUUUGCGUUUACAGAUCUCAGUCAAUAUGAGUCGCGUGGUUACUGGUUAUGGCAUGAUUUGCUAGACAUACUGGAUUUACUGGUACCGUAUGAGCACGACUGGAUUGAUUAUCCACAGCAGGAAAGACAACGCAUUGAAAGAGCUAUUUUGCAUCCUAAUGAAUUUUGUAAAACCUGUUGGUACUGGAUAGACUUGUUAAUCAUUGGUACUGACGAAGUUGACCGGUUUUAAACCGGUUGUAUUCAAACUACCGUAUAUAUAAAAUGUAUGGUGAACGGCAUUUCACAUAUCACUUAAACCAAGAUGAGUUACACAAAGUGUGGACUGUGUCUUCGAAACCUUGAGGUUAUCAAGCCUGCAUCUGGUGGCCCUACUUGGGCUGUGUUAAGUGGAAAGAGUGUCCCUUCUUCUGUCCUGAACAGAUUGUGCACGGAUAUCGGCAGUGUACGAACCCGUUAUUCCUGAUUACAACGCCUGUGAAGGAGGAAAACAGUUGUUUUGUAAACGCUCAGAAGUACCUACCUUACAAGUGUCAAGAUUCGAAAGAAACCCAUACAGACCUUACUUCUCAUGCAGAAGAAAAGAAAAGUGUCAGUACUUUCAAUGGGCAGAUGAACUUCCUAUUAUUGAUGAAGAAAAAGCACCUACCUACAGUCCAAGACCCAAGCUACAAAGACAAUUUAGUAGAACAGAUGGUUGUGCAUAUUAGACUCUACACAUAAAGUGAUGAUGUAACCAAAAGCCAUUCCUUUAUUAUUAUUAUAUCUUGUGUGUAUAAUGAUAUACUCUUUGAGGUGAAUAAAAUGUUUUGCGAUGAAAUACUGUGUUGUGUUAAUUUCUUCGUCUUCGCAAAAUCGGGUCCACAGGUAAAAAUAUAAUGAACUAUCAAAAAAUAAAAAAAUAACUGUAAUGGGCUGACCUCAGGAUUCGAACCUGGGUUUCUGUGGCCACAACCACAGCGUCCUAGACCGCUAGACCAGACCAGCCAUUUCAAUAGUUUAAAAUUCAUUUUUCAUGAUAUUUCCAUGAACUGCCCGAUGCGCCCAGAUCUCAGCUCAUUAAUAAAAGUGGCCCAGUACCUGUCACCACAAACCGGAUUGUUCUGAAAACCGGUUUGCCCAGCCCCCAGAACUCAGCUCAUUAAUAAAAGUGACCCAGUUUCUGUUCUCCCAAAACCGGUUUGCCCAGCCUCCUUUCCUCCCAAAACCAGUUCAUUCUUGAAAACCGGUAUUGACCCACCCACAUGCUGAGAGGGCGCCAUUUUGAAUGAAAUUUGCCCAAGCAUCCGUGUAAGACUACUAGCAUAAUAAGUCACAAUCUGUCAAUGAGACUUUUCUGUUGUUAUUUUCGUUAUCUAGGCAUACUUUGAAGAUAAUCCAAGAGACUUACAAGUAUUGAGACAUGAUAAGGAUCUACAUCCCACCAGAAUACAACCUCACUUGAAAAAUGUGCCUGAAUACCUCGGUGAGUUAUUGAGCUUGAGCUAAUUUUUACUUUAAAUACAAACCAUUCUCAAACCCCAUCAAAGAUAAGACAUAACUUAUCUUCUGUUAAUCCUAACUUUAUUUCUUUUGGAUCAGUUCCAGCGACUCUUAAACCAUCCAUGGCAAAGUUCUCAAGAAAGAGAAGACGCCCACACGUUAUCUCGUCCGAAAAGAACUCCGCUCACAAUACAUUUGGCAAGGUAAAUGAGAAAUAAUUGAAAACAUAUGUUAUAGUAUAUAUAAUUAUAGUUUAAAUACUUUGGAAACAGGGAUUCUGUGUGAAAGUAACUCAACAAAGGGGAAAUUGACUAUUUCACCGAGACCCGAUAAUGCAUCUUGUUUACCCCACCCCCACCCCACCCCCCCCCACCCCCUAGGAUAAAUAAACCUUUUCAGCUGCUAUGUUUUGUUUUCCAAUUCAGACCACGUGAUAUUCUCCAGGGAAUUUGCCUUUCGUCUUUUCAUUAAUUAUGCAUACAUGUGCACGUGAAUGCACGUGCAUAAGACGACAUUUGAAAGAAACAGAUCUCUGGGGUACCAUCACGUGAUCUAAAAGGGAAAUAAAGCAUACAAACUAAAAAGGUCGAUUGGAAAAACAAGGUGCAUGAUGGUCCCGGUGAAAAUGGUGAAUAAUAAAUUGAAUGUUUAGAACCUUUUAACCAUGUGAUAAAUUGAAAGAGAAAUGCUGUCUCAAACUUGCAAGCCAGUUUGUAACAGGUUUACAGACCCUCUAUUUUCUCUCUAGAGAUCAUCAAGAACUCGUAUAUGAAAAUAGCAACCGCAAGGGUUUCAUUGAUCAUAAGCGUGAUGUCGAAUUUUCCAAAAGAAGAGGAAAAAACCUCAGUGGACAGGUCACUUUAGAUUCCCUCUGAAGACAAACGAGCGCCUGUUUUUAGUUACUUGACACUGUCAGAGUGAGUCUUUAAACUUUUAGGUGAUCGUGGUUACAUCUAUAUCUAUAUCCCGGCGUUGACGCCAUAUGUGGGUUGAGUUUGACGUUGGUUCUCUCCUUUGCUCCUGGAGGUUUUUCUCCGAGUACUCCUGUUUUCCCCUCUCCUCAAAAACUAACACUUCCAAAUUCCAAUUCGAUCUGGAACGCACGGACACGUUUAAACGAGUUCAUAUGAACUACUAAGUGCUUCGUGGGUAAACAAGCAAUUUACAUUUUUUUUACACCUCUCUUAUACGGACACCCUUUAGUGUCCGUAUUAGAGAGAACCGACUGUACUCGGCGUCUUACAUUUCAAGUAUCCUGUUUUAAUUGAUUACUUGGAAUCAUAAACAAUUUUGAAUCUAUUUUUUUGCUUCUCUUUUUGCAUCAGAAACGUAAAUUGGAUCCAUUGAAAAGCUUCAAGUACCACCAACAUCAGCACAAGGGAAAUAAGGUGUGAGUCUUUUUGCGCUUCCUCAGUCACUUCAGCUUUCUAUAAUCUGAACCCAGGUUACAAUUUCCCAUUCAUAUUUUUCAUCAAACCGCAGGGAAUGCUUGUUUCAUUGCUUUUCCUUGCAUGUUGAUUCAAUUCGUCUGACGUCACAGAGAAAUCAGUAAAUGGCUUAGCUCCAUGUGAAACUUUACGUUGGUCUGUGGUUAGGGCACCGAGGAGAUAUUGCCUUUGAGCAAUCAGAAGCACUACCGAGAUGAAAGUAGUGGCACGUCAUCAGUAUGGGAUUUAAGUGCUCGUUCCUCUGACGUCAUGUCCCGGUGUCACGAAAAGUCAGGUGUUUUCUCACGCAAGGAGAUUUUUGGUUUUGAUAAAAUAUUAUUCAGCCUUUGCCACCACGAUCCAGUUUCAGUUACGAUAAUAAAAACAUAAUCUAAAAUAAUCUAACGGAAGCUAAUAACAAUCAUGGAUUAGAAUUUUACUUCCGGAGUUAUAUUGCUAAUCAAUCUUUCAGGAAACGGGCCCUUGUCUACAGGGAGGGUCGUCACGCAACGCUCCUCCUCACUAAUACCGUAAAAUUCCGAAAAUAAACCCCUCCAUGUAUAAGGCCCUAAAACUCGUAACGCAAAAAACCCUCCGUUAAAUCGUCCCUCUGAAUAUGAGCCCUAGGGGGCUUGUACUGGAAAUGCAAAGUAAAACAAAGCAAUGCCGGUGCAGUAACAUAUAAAUUUUUGUAUUGCCAAAGAGCUAUUUCGUGUGCCAAAUAUAGUGUUAGUCUGAUGUGUUGUGUGUUAAUCCGUAAGUAGAAAAAAAUACAUUCAGUCAUCAAGACGUGUUUCUUUCAUUUACCCAGGGACAUAAUAAAGGAAAGAGAACUUAAUCAGUGGCUGGUAUACGUCUUUCUUCUGUAUGGAAACAGAACAUAGAUGAUCUGGUAGCCAAUCACCACACAGAUGAAAAAAAGAAACGCGUGACGAAGCCCUAAGAACGUCUGCGUGGGGGGCCAUGGUUUGGUGACCAUCAAACGAGUCUCGUCCCAGUCUUCUGUCCCAGUCUUGCCACUAAAUGACCAAAUGAAGUCAUUCGGAUUAAUUUCAGCUACUUCCUACUCUCUGCGGGCGAAAGACCUCAAACAAUGGUGUGGAAUUCAGCUAACACUUUUCACUGGUUGUUGAUGCUACGGAAACUACUAAUGGAAAAAAAGUGAUUCGUUAAACAUUAAUCAAAUGGACGUUUUCUUUGUCGACCUGUGCAGUUUUAUAUCUGUUAGCGAAACCUUGUACUCAAGAAAAAAACGCAUAGCAAUAUGCUAUCGACGCAAUCAGAAUCAGGCUACCGUUGAAGGUUUAUUACUUGUAAUGAGUUUAAAGAUUAAUGGACGAGAAGAGCAUCAAAGAGCAGUUUAACUGGACAGUGUUUGUAUCAUCAUAUGACGUUCUUAAACUGCAGAAUUAUAGCUGAUAGUUACUAGUAGGAAAAUGAUAAGUCAUUUUCUGUCUUAGUUCCUCCGGCCAUUAAGAAAAAACAACGGCUUAUAGCUGGUAAACCGUGCUGUCAGAUAUUAUGAGGUAAAACUAAAGGGCCAGGAGCCCGUUUCUCGAAAGUCCCGAUAAUUAACGGGCCCGGUAAGCUGUCUCCGUUUACAUUAAAGAUCGAGG